CCGUGCGCCUCGGGCCCCAGAACCCGAGGAUUUUCAGCUCAAGUUCACAGACCUUUAGCUCAUCUUUAAAUGAACUGAACCCUCGUGUUGGAUCGAAGCCAAAAGACUUUGCCCGUAGACCCUGGGAAUGGCCUAAGGCGCUCUCCGCAGAAUUUUGCAGCCCGAAUACAAUUUUGAAUUCAGAUUUCUCAAGGGAAGAGGAACUCUGCUGUUAGAAUUGAGAGGGUGGCGCGUGCCUGCGUGUUUGUUAGCUGAGCAGAGCUGUAUUUAUCUUUCCAACUCAAAUUUUGCCACAUUCUUGCUUUAAAAAUAAAUCAUGUGAAUACUUGAGAACAUGGAAUUUCACCAUUUUUCUAAGAUCAUAGCAAAAUAGGUUUGCAUCUUGUGCUUUUCAGGAAAAAGGAAGUGAAGUGGCACCUGCAGUCUGUAAUUACUCACUCUGUAAUCUUAAAUUAACCCCUCAUGGAAUAUUUCCUUAUAUUCGCAAUAACUAUGCGAAUAGUAUAGUAUAUAUAAUAACUAUGCUGCCAAAGCCUGGUGGAGCACCUAGCAUAACAGAUGUUAGUGAAUGCCAGGACUAUAACAUGGAUUUAGAACUUGAAGAUUAUUAUAACAAGACACUUGCCACAGAGAACAAUACUGUUACCACUUGGAAUUCUGAUUUCCCAGUCUGGGAUGACUAUAAAAGCAGUGUAGAUGAUUUGCAGUAUUUUCUGAUUGGACUCUAUACAUUUGUAAGUCUUCUUGGUUUUAUGGGGAAUUUACUUAUUUUAAUGGCUGUCAUGAGAAAGCGUAAUCAAAAGACUACAGUAAAUUUCCUCAUAGGAAAUCUGGCCUUCUCUGAUAUCUUGGUUGUACUGUUUUGCUCACCUUUCACACUGACUUCUGUCUUGCUGGAUCAAUGGAUGUUUGGCAAAGUUAUGUGUCAUAUUAUGCCUUUCCUUCAAUGUGUGUCGGUUCUGGUUUCAACUUUAAUUUUAAUAUCAAUAGCCAUUGUCAGGUAUCAUAUGAUAAAGCAUCCUAUAUCUAAUAAUUUAACAGCAAACCACGGCUACUUCCUGAUAGCUACUGUCUGGACACUAGGUUUUGCAAUUUGUUCUCCCCUUCCAGUGUUUCACAGUCUUGUGGAACUCCAGGGGACAUUUGGCUCAGCGCUGCUGAGUGGCAGGUAUCUAUGUGUUGAGUCAUGGCCAUCUGAUUCAUACAGAAUCGCUUUUACUAUCUCUCUAUUGUUAGUUCAGUAUAUUCUGCCCUUAGUUUGUCUAACUGUAAGUCACACUAGUGUCUGCAGGAGUGUAAGCUGUGGAUUGUCCAACAAAGAAAACAAACUAGAAGAAAAUGAAAUGAUCAACUUAACUCUUCAUCCAUCCAAAAAGAAUGGGCUUCAUGUGAAAGUCUCCAACAGCCAUAAAUGGAGCUAUUCAUUCAUCAGAAAACACAGAAGAAGAUACAGCAAGAAGACAGCAUGUGUGUUACCUGCUCCGGCAAGACCUCCUCAGGAGAGCCAUUCGAGAACGCUUCCAGACAACUUUGGCUCUGUGAAAAGUCAGCAAUCCUCAUCCAGUAAGUUGAUACCAGGAGUCCCCACCUGCUUUGAAAUGAAACCUGAAGAAAACUCAGAUGUUCGUGAAAUGAGAGUAAGCCAUUCCAUCAUGAGACUAAAAAAGAGAUCUCGAAGCGUUUUCUACAGACUGACCAUUCUGAUUUUGGUGUUUGCUGUUAGCUGGAUGCCACUGCACCUGUUCCAUGUGGUAACUGACUUCAAUGACAACCUUAUUUCAAAUAGGCAUUUUAAGUUGGUAUAUUGCAUUUGUCACUUGUUAGGUAUGAUGUCUUGUUGUCUUAAUCCAAUUCUAUAUGGAUUUCUUAAUAAUGGAAUCAAAGCUGACUUAAUGUCCCUUAUACGCUGUCUUCAUAUGUCAUAAUUCUCAAUAUUUACUAAAAGAAGAACAAAUCUUGGGAUCAUCUAAAAUAUAUUCAUGACAACUAUGUAUGUAUAAUAAAUUGUACUAACAUGGAAUUUAAUUUAUGUUAUAGUUCUGGAUUUGAGUGUCAAUUCAUAAUAUAUGGAAGAUAAUUUUAAUGUGUGAUGAAUUCAUUUAGUUGAUAAAGUCAGUGUCAAUACAAUCUGUAAUUUCACUUGAAAAACAGUUAUAUUGCCUUUCAUUUCAU